AUGGCCGAGCGACUCGCGAACAAUGGUCAGGUGAACCUGGAACUUGUCAAGGUCUACGAAACUUGGGGUCAGGGUGGUUGGGGAGCAGUCAUGACUGGCAAUGUGAUGGUGGACGAGAGAUUCAAGAACUCGGCAAAAGACACGACUAUCCAGAACUCCAAGAGCACAGCAGAAGUCGAGACAUGGCGACAAAUUGCCCAAGGCAUAAAAUCUCAAGGUGCACUCGCCAUCAUGCAGAUCAAUCAUCCGGGACGUCAAGCUGGUGCUGGCUCUCGUGGCUUCUUCGAGAAGAACAUCGCUCCUAGCGCCAUCGCUCUCAACUUUGGCGACAAUCUUGUCGCUAAAGGAAUAGUGAAGCUAAAGUUCGGAUCUCCAGCCGAGAUGACUCUUGCUCAGAUUCAGACGGUGGUCCACCAAUUUGUAGAUGCUGCAAAGUUCGCUCAGCAGGUUGGCUUUGACGGUGUAACUGUCCACGCAGCUCACGGUUACUUACUCAGUGACUUCCUAUCACCAAAGUCCAAUGUGAGAACUGAUGCAUAUGGCGGUACUCCCGAGAAGCGGGCAAAGAUUGUCGUGGAUAUUGUUGAGGCCACUCGAAAGGCUGUUGGACCGGACUUCAGUAUCAGUGUCAAGAUAAAUUCGGCAGACCAGCAAUACGACGCCGGAUCUGACGCAGUACUCAAACAGACAGAUACGCUCGUCGCUCAGAAUAUUGACUUCCUUGAGAUCAGUGGUGGAUCGUAUGAAAAUCCAAAGAUGAUGGGCAGUGAAGCACCAUCCCCAUCAGCAAGAACACGAAAUCGCGAAGCUUUCUUCCUGGACUUCGCUCUUGCUGUCCGCGAAAGACACCCCAAACUUCAUUUGAUGCUCACAGGCGGGUUUCGCACGCGAACAGGCAUGAAUUCGGCGCUGCAGGCUAAGGGCUGCGACUUGAUCGGUAUCGGCAGGCCAGCAGCUACGCUCCCAGAUUUUCCGCGAUCGGUCGUCGGCAUUGGAGCCGGCAAAGAUAUUAAUGAUGCAGAGGCAGGCUUACAACUCCACAAGGUGAAGGAACCCUGGCUCGCAAAGCAGCUGCCUUUCCCUCAAUUACAGAGAGCUCUUGCGGGAGGUGCCGAGACAGCAUUCUACAGCCAGAAGAUUGGCGAGAUGGGUAAAGCAUAG